AUGUCUCACGCAGAAAGAAGAGUGAAACCAAAGAGCACGAAGAAGAUGAAACCAAAAAAACAAGAUAAGGAAAAUUUGUCAUCUCCUCCACCAAUAUUGCCUAUUCACAUAGAGAACAAGAUCAAAGAGUUGAAUGGCACUGAUAUCAAAUAUAUCAUGGGUAAAAAAUUGUUUGCAUCAAAUCUCAAAGAUGACCAAAAUCGUCUAUUAAUGUCGAUUAAAGAAGUCAAAGUUGAUUUUCUCACCGACAUAGAAAAAGACGUGUCUUUAACUAAAAAGGAUGAAAAUAACAAACCAGUUGGUUUAGAAGUGAUUGUGUUGGACCCUUCUUUUAGAGAGUUCACAAUGUCGUUGAGGAAGUGGAGCAUGGGCAUUAACAAGUAUUACAGUCUUGUACAUGGUUGGAAAACUGUUGUGAGCAAAAAUAGUUUUGAAAAGGGUAAAAAACUUAACAUCUGGACUUUUAGGGUCAAUGACAAGUUGCACUUUGUACUCGACAAUAAUCAGCUUGAGAAGCAAUCUUCUUUUAUCACUAUGGGUCAAGUUCUGUUGGUUACAUAA